AUGGCAGGCACGGCCAUAACCCAUCUUCUGUUUCCCUUCAUUGUUAUCCUUAUCCUUCUCUCCACAGCUGCUUCUCGACACUUUAAUGAAAAGCUUUACGUAGUCUAUAUGGGUGAUGUUACGUCCCCAGAUAUAGAAGAUUAUUCCCAAACAGCAGCAACUGAGUCCCACCUUUCAUUGCUUCACUCUCUACUUGGAAGCCAUGAGGCAGCAGAGGAAUCUUUGGUUCAGGGUUAUUGGAAGAGCUUUAAUGGAUUCGCAGCUUGGCUUUCUUCAUCUCAUGUCCAACAUCUCUCAAACACAGAUGGUGUUGUCUCUGUGUUUGAAAGCAAGAAUGCUCAACUCUUGACAAGUAGAUCAUGGGAUUUUGUGGGACUCCCUCUGUCUCAGCAAACCAAUGAUUUGGAGUAUCAAAGUGACGGGUAUGGCCAGAAUCAGAAAGUUUCAAUGACGCUGGAUUUGGUCCCAUUCCCUCAAAAUGGAGGGGAGCGUGCCAAACGAUACCGGACUUCAAAUCCUGCAAUAAGUACUACAGCAUUCAUUCGUUCCUCUUUCCAAACUAAAUCCUCUUUAUGUUCAGAAAUACAGAAAAUAAUAGGUGCAAAGUUUUAUUAUAAAGGCUUGGGAUCUCAACCAGCUGCUGGUGAGUUCACAUCUCCAAGAGAUUCAAAUGGCGAUGGAACACACACCUCCUCCACAGUUGCUGGAAGCAUUGUCAGAAAUGGCAGCCUCUUUGGACUAGCUCAAGGAGACGUACGUGGAGGAGUACCUGGUGCAAGGAUUGCUAUAUACAAGGUUUGUUGGUUAGAUUCUUGCAGCGAUGUAGAUAUCCUUGCUACAUUUGAUGAUGCAAUCCAUGAUGGUGUGGAUGUCAUUUCUGUUUCAAUUGGACACGCUGGAUCCUUCUUUUUCCCACUUGAGUACUUUUAA